AUUCCACAAUGUUGCCGCCAUGUCAAAGAGAACUGUACCAACACGUCUUACGGUCUCAUUUCAUCGCUUGCACAUGGGGUAAUGCCGAUCUCAUAAUUCCAAACGAAACAACAACACCGGAACAAUGUGGUUGGAAGAAAGAAAACUCCACCUUUGAGUUUGUUUGGUUUGAAGGACCCCAGUGGCCGGCGCGUAUAAAAGAUGUCAUAAUAAAUGCAAUCGCAGAAGACGAUGACAAAGUGUCCGAACCGUCCGAGACUCUUGGUACUGAUGAAGGCGGCGAUACUGAGACGACAGAGGAUAACGAGGAAAUAAACGGAGUCGAUGAAUUUUUCGCAGAAAGCGAUACUGACAGUGGUGAUAGCGAUGAUGCUGAUGAUGAUGAGACAGAGACGGAUGACGAUGAUGUGUAAUUUUAAAUAAUCUCGUAUUAGCGCAUAUUAACCUUUAUAAUGACUAUUCUUUUUUAU